AUGUCGGCGGCGUCGCGGGCGGUGCUGGCGGGCGCCGUGCUGGUCUCGGGCGGCGUCAUCGCGGGCGUCCACCUGCAGCAGCGGCGGCUGAGGGAGAAGCUACGUGAAGGAGUGGCCAGAGACGUCGAAAGACAGAGCUAUAAACAAGGAUCUCUUGACUGUUUCGAGGAAAAGCCUUCCUUCACCAAGCAAAUGGAAAUGGAAAGGAGCAAAGUGCUGAGGCCAAGAGCGUCCCAACAGUGA